AUGGCGAACACUACCAAGGUCAUAGCAAUUCUCGGCGCCAUCCUUGUUCUCCUGCAGGUGUCGUCGUGCGCCGCCGGCCGGCAUCUCCGCGACACCCCGGCGCUGAUGUUCUUGAGGGGCUUCGAUAAAGGAGAUUUGCCCGGCGGCUGGCCGGCGAGCUGCGACGGCAAGUACUACAACGACGGCCUCCUCCUGGCGUCGGUUGCCUCACAGUGGUACGCCGGCCGGUGCGGCAAGAUGAUCAGCAUCAGGGACCGCCCCGGCGGGCGCGCUGUGGAGGCCAUGGUCGUCGACGAGUGCGACUUCGGCAAGGGCUGCGGCGACACCGAGCUCAGCACGUCGCCCGCCGUGUGGAAGGCACUCUGGAACGGGGUCGACCCCGGCGUCCACCAGGCGGCCGUCACCUGGUCGGAUCUCGACUGA